UUUUUUAUUUUCAAUGUUAACCAGAAAUGGUCUGCGUAUCCCAGCUCUGGCCCAACCCAGCUACUUGCGAACUUUGCACCAGGCUGAAGACGCUCAGCCCCUCGGCUACCGUGGGGUUCACACCAUCUCUGGGGAGGUGUACCCUUCUUCACUUCAGGGGAAAGUAGCUAGGCCCUUCAAGGAAUUGCCUGGCACCUGGAAAGCCAGCUGGUUCAACCUGUACAACUUUUGGCAGGAAGAUGGUUGGAAUGUCCACCACAUCAUGGUCCAGAAGUUCCAGAAGUUUGGACCAAUUUACAGGGAGAAACUGGGCAAUUACGAGAGCGUCAAUAUCAUCGAUCCUGAAGAUGCUGCGACUCUCUAAAACGAAGGCUUGUACCCGGAGCGGUUCGCUGUUCCCUCUUGGGUGGCCUACCGGGACUUCCGGAACAAGCCCUGCGGAGUUCUUCUGAAGAACGGUGAGUCUUGGCGACAAGACCGGCUGACCCUGAACAAAGAAGUCCUGUCCCCUCAGGUGAUCAACAACUUUGUGCCUCUCCUGAAUGAGGUGGGAGAGGAAUUUGUCAAGCGGGCCUACAAGCAAAUCGAGAAGAGUCCACAGGGAAGAUGGACAGCCGACUUGACCAAUGAGCUUUUCCGUUUCGCCCUGGAGUCGGUUUGCAACGUCCUGUACGGGACACGCCUGGGCCUUCUGCAGGACUUCAUCGACCCCGAGGCCCAGGAGUUCAUCAACGCCAUCACCACCAUGUUUCACACCACCUCGCCCAUGCUCUACAUCCCACCAGGCUUUCUACGCAGGAUCAACUCCAAGACUUGGCAGGACCACAUCAAGGCCUGGGACGUCAUUUUCUUGCUUGCUGACAAGUGCAUUCAGAAAAUCUACCGAGACCUCCAUCUGAACCAGAAAAGCCCCAAGGAAUAUAUGGGCCUCUUAGGCAGCCUCUUGCUGCAGAAUAAGUUGCCCAUCGAAGAUAUCAAAGCCAGCGUGACAGAGAUGAUGGCCGGGGGGGUGGACACGACCUCCUUGUCCCUCCUUUGGACGAUGUUUGAACUGGCUCGGGCACCUGCCUUGCAAGAGAGGCUGCGGGAAGAGAUCCUCUCGGCCAGGGCUGCUGCAAAGGGGGAUACAGUCAAGGUGCUGAAGUCGGUCCCAUUGCUGAGAGCUACCAUCAAGGAGACGCUGAGGCUCCACCCCGUUGCUGUGACCAUACAGAGGUACACUACAGAAGAGAUCAUCCUUCAGAAUUAUUUCAUCCCUGCCAAGACGCUGGUGCAGGUAGGGAUCUACGCCAUGGGCCGGGACCCCCGAUUCUUCACCCGGCCCGAGCAGUUUAACCCGGACAGAUGGCUGAACACGGACUCCAAACACUUCCGAGGAUUGAGCUUCGGCUUUGGGCCACGACAGUGCAUCGGCCGCAGGAUCGCAGAGCUGGAGAUGCAUCUCUUCAUGAUCCAUAUGCUCGAAAACUUCAAAAUUGAAACCAAGAGAGGAAUGGACAUCGGUACCACUUUUGAACUUAUCUUGAUCCCAGACAAGCCAAUCUACCUCACGCUACGACCUCUCCACCCAUGA